CAGGGCAGACAUCAUCAUGGCCCUCCUGGUACACCUGCUGGUCUGCACCUUCGGGAUGGGCUCCUGGGUAGCCAUCAACGGGCUGUGGGUAGAGCUGCCCCUGCUGGUGACAGAGCUGCCCGAGGGGUGGUACCUUCCCUCCUACCUCACGGUGGUCAUCCAGCUGGCCAACAUCGGCCCCCUCCUGGUCACCCUGCUCCAUCACUUCCAGCCCAGCUGCCUUUCCGAAGUGCCCAUCAUCUUCACCGUGCUGGCUGUGGGCACCCUGGCCUGCACCCUCUUCGCCUUCCUCUGGAAUGUCACUUCCUGGGUGCUGGACAGCCACCACAGCAUUGCCUUCAUGGUCCUCACCUUCUUCCUGGCCCUGGUGGACUGCACCUCUUCGGUCACCUUCCUGCCUUUCAUGAACCGGCUGCCCACCCGCUACCUCACCACCUUCUUUGUGGGUGAAGGACUCAGCGGCCUCCUGCCUGCCCUGGUGGCUCUUGCCCAGGGCUCGGGUCUCACCACCUGUGUCAACGUCUCUCAGCCAUCAGACACCACCCCAAGCACUGAGACCACCGGGAAGACUGUCUUCCUACAGGGAGCUAACAGCACUUUGGUGUCUGACCUGCCUGGGACGACACGUUCCGCCGUCCAUCUGGAAAGCCGCUACCUCCCGGCCAACUUCUCGCCCUUGGUCUUCUUCCUCCUGCUCUCCUUCAUGAUGGCCUGCUGCCUCGUUGCUUUCUUUCUCCUCCAGCGUCAGCCCAGACCCAGGGAAUCUUCCAUAGAAGACCUCCUCACCUCCCAGGUCACCCUCCACUCCAUCCGGCCACGGGAAGGGGAGGACCUGGGCCCCCCAGACCCAGGGGCUAGCAGCAAGGCCCAGGGGCAUCCAGAGGAGAAAACGGCCUCCGACCGCCCAGCCCACCUGGCCUUCAUCUACGUCCUGGUGGCCUUCGUGAACGCGCUCACCAACGGCGUGCUGCCCUCCGUGCAGACCUACUCCUGCCUCUCCUACGGGCCUGUUGCUUACCACCUGUCCGCCACCCUCAGCUCCAUGGCCAACCCUCUCGCCUGCUUCCUCUCCAUGUUUCUGCCGCACAGGUCUCUGCCAAUUCUGGGGGUCCUCACGGUGCUCGGGACUGGCUUCGGGGCCUACAACAUGGCCAUGGCCGUGAUGAGCCCUUGCCCCCUCAUGCAGGGCCACUGGGCUGGAGAAAUCCUCAUUGUGGCCUCGUGGGUGCUGUUCAUUGGCUGUCUGAGCUACGUCAAGGUGAUGCUGGGCGUGAUCCUGCGCGACCGCAGCCGCAGCGCCCUCCUGUGGUGCGGCGCGGCGGUGCAGCUGGGCUCCCUGCUCGGAGCUCUGCUCAUGUUCCCGCUGGUCAACGUGCUGCGGCUUUUCUCGUCGGCCGACUUCUGCAACCUGCAGUGCUCCGCCUAGGACACCUGGCGCGGUCCAGGACAGCGCCCUGAGCCGCCCCCGUUACUAACACCUGGGAAGUUGAGCAGGGCACAUGCCCAAGGUCCCAAGGGCAAGGGUGGAGAACGCCACAAGGCCCCCCGCGGGACCUGGAAGUGCAGAGCACAGCCCUCCCCCACUCUGGGUCACAGUGCCCGCAACUCCAUUGCCGAACGCCUCCGGACCGUUGAGAGAGAGCAGGUUUGCAGCACCCAGCUGGAGGCAGGCUCAAGGGUGUCAGAAGCGCGACCGCUGAGAGGGUGAGCUAGCCCUCACAGGCUGUGGGACCUCGGGGAAGUCACUUAUUUCUCUGUGCCUCGGUUUCCUAAAAUGGGGAUUAUGAUAAAUAGCACCUACCUCAGAGGCUUAGCUCGGGGAUAUAGGGGAGAAGCGCCCAGCAUGUAGCAAGCCCUCUUGGGCCAUUUCCUGAUCUGCUGCCCGAAAGAAAUAACAAGGGACAAUCUACACAACGUAGAAGUGGCCAGGGUGGUUGAGAGAUGACCCCUGCCCCAUUUCCUUUUUCCCACUCUCCUCGCAGAGAAGCUUCUAAAAGAUGGCAAACGGUGGGACCCUGGGCAUCCUGACUCCCCAGUUCCCAAUAUGGAUGGACGUUGUACCCCACACACCCCUUCCUGUCACCCCUCCUGACCCACAAGGUCCUGCUGCUUGGAAAGUGAGUGACCUCCUGGGAGGCAGAGAGAUGAUGGGGGGAGGGGCUACACCAAAACUCUGGAAGUGAGUCCCAUCCCCUUCCCCCACUCACCAAGGCCAGGAUGGGACCCUGAGAACCCUGGGAAGUCUGGGAAGAAGUGCAUUCGCUACAUGACUGUUAUUUUGUUCUCUUUUUUCUUUCUUUCUUUUUUUUUUUUUUAGAUAGACAUUUCCCCGCUUUUACACUAAAAUCAGCCCUCCCAAGAAAAAGUCUAACAUGAACCCCAAAAUCAAUAUCAUCGGUUUUCAGUUAGUUCUAAGGUCAAGGCUAAGCUCAGAAAUUAAUAGAAUCAAGUGCUUAGAGAAUGUCUGGUCCUGGGACUUCUUUUCUUUAGUGGUUUGUUUGCUUGCCACCAGCCCUCCUUUUAAUUUAUUGUGAAUAGAUAAUGUAGUCACAUGUUUCAAAAAUCAGAAAAUAUAAAAUGAUGUUCAGCAAAAAAAUUCCUUCUCUCCUGUCCCCCAUCUGCCCAGUUCUUCUCAACACACACAAAGACACACACACACUCAUGGGCACGUGCACACACACAAGCACUUUUACUAGUUUCUUGUUCACUCUUGCAGAGAUUAUGCAAGUACAAAUACAGACUCUUUUUACAGAAAAAGUACCAAACUACCGUGUACCUUGCACUUUUGCUCAACAAUUAAA